AUGAAGCUGUUCCAUCAAGAGAUUGAAAGUUUGGAUAGGCCCUGGAUUUUCCAACUGCCGGAUGACAUCCAAGCCGAUCCAGCUGAGCCACCUUCCGUAGACAGCCAUGGAGAUGCGCAGAAUUCCACCGGUGAUGCAUCCGAGCCAGACAGUGUACAGCCGUUAGUCGCCAAAGGUGACUUCCAGCAUCCGACCAACAAUGCACAACCAAGUGACGCACCAGUCACACCAGUAGCCAAGCCUCUUCCACGGCCAGGGUGUGGAGGCUUGGAUGCUGGUGCGGUGCAAGAAAACCAGACGGACCAAUCCAAAAUUGGUCCCAGAGUAUCCCAGUCAUGCAUGGACACAACACGAGAGGGUCACAGUGAUGGUUUGCCUCAACACGCCACAGUCAGCUGCUUUGAGAUUACCGAAGUAAGUGAUGGCAUGAUGAACCCCCCCACCCGUGCAAAGUCCCUUCCACGCUUAGGGUGUGGGGACCCCUCCCAACCAGGUGAGAAAAGCCCAAAGAUAUCUGAUCAAAACAAGUUAAAGCAGGGAAUCGAAACAGCACCAACCGAGCAUUUUGCCGAACCCGUCAACAGCGUAACUGCCUCAGUCAAGAAGCAAACAAUCAGCAGCACAGCAGCACAGCAGCAUCCUAGCAAACCUGCAGUUCACCAAGCACCGGGAACCACAGGUAGCAGCCACGAAGCCUAUCUGGACAAGUCCCUUCCACGCUUAGGGUGUGGGGACCACUCCCAGCUUGAAUCAAGACAGGAGACACAGCAUGGACACAUGUUGGGACACCAAGCAGCAAAGCAUCCGAGCAAAGCUGCCGCACCAAUAGUAGAUCAAGACCAGUCACAAGUGUCCCCGACGAACAGAGCAAGACAGCAUGAUAAUAGCACUCGUGCCAUUUUGACAGGAACAGGCAGCUUGCAGUUCCCCCACCCCACCCGUGCAAUGUCCCUUCCACGCUUAGGGUGUGGGGACCCCUCCCAAAAGUGUCAAGAUGGAACCAAACGCAGUGAUGACCACAAUGGGGAUCAUGGAAGUGUCCUUGAAGAAGCAGUGUGUGAACAAGAUCCGUAUCCAGACCCAGCAGCAUUGGCAGAUCAGCAAGACUCUCCGUCAUCAGGACACGCCGAAGACGACACAGAUGCAGGAUCUCAGAAAGACCACCCACGACCACAGCAGGUCACCACCGUUGAAGAUUUUUAUGAUGAUCCGGAAUUCGAUUCCCAAGUCCUUCAAGCAUUGGAAACAGCAGCCGUGCCCACCACAGGGGAACAGUUCCAAGCAGGGGCAGUGCCAGGAGUCAGCAAGGAAGCGAUGCCUACCAGCCCAGGCAAUGUGAAAGAAAACCUGGCUCGAGUUAACCAUGAGCCCAUGCCAGAAGCUACCAUCCCGGGCAGUGCCUUAGUUGAACAGAUUGGCGAAGCAACAUCCAAGACAGCCACAGGAUCCAGAGCAGGCAAGUCAGGUACAGCAGCAUCUCAUCAUGAAUCUGACACUGAUGAUAACAGCCCGAUCUCCCAGGUGCAUGGUAAGCCCCUUCCACGCUUAGGGUGUGGGGGCUUCCCAGUGGUCCUUCAUGACACCAAUAGUGAAAUUGGAUGUGCAACCAGAUCGAAUCCCCCAGCACAACAAAGUGAACAUCCGAAAUAUGACAGUAUCAUGAUCCAGGUUGUCACGCCAGCUGAACUGCCUUUCUCGAUCAGCACAGAUCCCAAUAUGACAGUAGCUGACCUCGUCCAAGCCUCAGUGAACUCAGAACAAGCUCACAAGUGUACAGUCAGCACAGCCAUGGGAAGAUCGGUUGACCAGUCGGAUCAACUUCAAAAAGAUCAAAUGUAUGUCUUGGACCUUUGCCAAGUGGUGACACAGUCGGAAAAGGAAGUCAAUCCACCGAUCCUGCAAGGCAUCACAAGAGGCCAAGCACUCUGGCAGCAAUUGGGGUGGGUAGCUAGGGAUGAGAUGGAAUACUAUCUUUACAUGCUCGAAUGUUAUUCACCAGGCACAACAUAUGGUAUCCUUGACUUACCUGAAAGCAUCGACAAUCCAGCAGUAUUUACUGAUUUCAUCCUCAAAGCCAUCCGGGAAGCAGGAACUGACCAAGACACCAACGUCAGAACUUGUGCCAUUCGACACCGUCACCACUGGUUCCCUGUGGUUGUUGCAGUCAAAGGGCCAGACAUUCACAUCCAUACAGCUCCAAUGCAGCAGGAGUUUGUGUCCAGCAUGCUUGAAGCAGGAUUAGGGAGGCAGGCAUUGCACGUCAUGACCAAGCCCAUGCCCAAGGCAUUCCCGGCUGAUUGUGGUUUCCAAACGGUUGGGUGGCUUCUAUCCGUGCUCCUAGACGAAGACACUAGUGUCCCAUUCACAGCCAACCAGGCACUGCAAUGGAGAAAACUCUUUCACAAAGAUUUGAUCAGCACUGGAGCAGUAGAUAAAAUACUGAUGACACCAUUGCCACUUGCAGGAAUGCAGUCGCAACGAGAUCAACUCCAAGCACUGGUGACUGCGCAUGGGGUGGCACCAGCCCGGGACAAAGAGUGUGCAGAACAGCUCACCCAAGCGUUAGGGUGUAAAGGCGUGGCCAUAGUCAACAUAGCCGAAGUCCUGCCGUACUUUAGCCUGUCAGAACCACUGAGCCCGCAUGGAGCAGCGCUGUUGAUCCUGGAACACGAGGAUGGACGUCUGCCAGCUCAACACAAAGUCCUUAAAGUCCCGGUCCAAUGUCGUGACACUCAAGAUCCCAUGGUCAUCAAGGUAGCCAUGGUGCAACUUGGCCAACAGGAAGUGAGCAGGAACAUGCCAGCCCAGGCCAUUGCUGUGCCAGAGGUUCCCAAUCAGGUCGUGAGGGUAGUGGUAUAUCAGGACCAGUUUGCUGGACAGUGGCAAGAAUUUGUUAAAAGCCCAGUCAAGUGCCUUUUGCAGAUGGAUCCGUUCAGGAAUGUCCAACAGGCCGACAUCAUUGAUGUAUGGGAUCGCCAAUUCAUGUCCACACGGAUGUCCAAGACAGCUCCAGAGGAAGCAGCCAUGUUCAGUGUCAACUUGCGCAUCAAUGAGCAAAUUUGCGAUGAGCUCUUCCAGGCAAAUGGAACUCAGGGGAUUUACCUAGUAAAGCAAGCUGAUGUGUCCAUGACAAAUCAGGCAGAAGACCGUGUUUCAGCCCUUGAAGCCAAGGUUGAACAACUUGGCCAAGUCGUCGCAGCCAAUCAGCAUGAAAUGGCCGCCCAACAUCAGCAGGUCCAAUCGCAGUUGUGUAGCCUCGACCAGAAAGUUGAUGCUCAGCAAGGGGUUUUCCAAACAACCCUCGAGGCGAAGUUGGAGCAACAGAUGCAACGCAUCGAACAGCUGUUCAGCAAACGACAACGUUCAUUGGGGGUGAUUUUAACCAACCUGACGGAGGACUCCAAAAUAUGCAACUUUGGGCAGAUGCAGGGAGAAGCCAUGCGCAUGUGUAAUGCUUUCCAUAGGGUCUUGACCAACUUCGAGAAGAUGCUCAACCAGCAGCGGACACAACAAGCAAAGACCAGGUGGGACCGCCACCUGAACACAGCAGAAGACACAUGGGAACCACUUGUGCAGUUUGCAGAGCUUGCCCUUCCCAAGCCGCCUCCAAUGGUUUAUGCGCCCAUCACCAUUGAGGACUGGACCAAAGCCUUAAAAAGCAAAUCGCGCAAAGCAGCCAUAGGACGCCAGGCACUUGACAUAUGGUACCACAUCAUGAUCAAGGCUCUUUUUGUAACAGUAAGCAUGUUUCGACUCAGCUAUGCCAACCCAGACCUUGCAGCCUACUGCUUGACGGAGCUCCACCUGCCCAAACAGGUGGUGGUGGCACGCCUAGCCAGUUGGGGUGUUGUCCUGGGCGACCCAGACCAGGAUCACUUCCACCCCAUUUCCAGUGGAAUCGUCAAAGGAUGGAGCCAGACAGCGUUGCGGGGGGAGAUCACUGCAGCCAUCAGUGCGGCGAAGUUCGCUUUGAAGGUCCAGAAACCCCUCCGUCUUUGGUGUGACAAUGAUACGGUAGUCAAAAAUGUGAGAAAAUUUCAAACUCGUAAGGUUGUGAUCAAGCCAAACCAAACCAAUGCAGACCUAUGGCAGGAACUGCAACGAAUGGUUGACAUGAUGGGUCAUGACUUGCAGGUAUGUAAGGUGAAUAGUCACCAAGACCAUGACACAGCAGCCGAUGAAGCAGAACUCUGGUUGUUCAGGGGAAAUGACGCUGCAGAUCACUUGGCUCAAACUGCAGUGUACAACUAUCCAGAAAUCUUUGACAUGUGGCAACAACUCCAAAGAGACAUAGAAGCCAUCCAUAUCAUGCGUAAUCAGGUACAUAACACACUGGAAGCGGUAGCUCGGGAAGCAGUUCGACAUGGAGCGCCCAGGGAAACUCAGGAUCGACAGCAUCCCAGCCGGGUGCACAUCAGUGAGCUGGUGGAGGUUGAUUUUUCUUUCCUGAUAGGCUCAACAUUGUCACCAAAGUACAGCUGCACCGAAGGUAUCCGACUUGCAGAAUGGCUGAUUACACUAUGCAUGCCAGAUGAGCCUGCCGUCAAGCGAAGUUCUAACGUUUUGGACGAUGUGUGUGCCACUACGCUUGAGCAAAACAAACAAAGCCCUAUCGGAACAAAUUUUACUCCCUUCGGCACCCCGUUUGCCGACGGUCGCAUCACUUAG